UCUCAAGGGAUACUAAUAUAAAGAGAUGGAAUGCGAUGGAGGGUGGGAGCGUGGUUUGCUCGUGGCCGUGCGAAACCCUCGAUUUGGUUCGAAGAUUUUUCGGGUGAAAUCAACAGUGAAAAUGGUGAAAUCUUACCCGGUGGUGAGCGAGGAGUACCAGAAGGCGGUGGAGAAGUGCAAGAAGAAGCUACGUGGACUCAUCGCCGAGAAGAACUGCGCUCCGAUCAUGCUCCGCCUUGCGUGGCACUCGGCGGGGACGUAUGAUGUUAAGACGAAGACUGGUGGGCCUUUUGGGACGAUCAGGCAUCCGUCAGAGCUUGCUCAUGGUGCUAACAAUGGAUUGGACAUCGCUGUCCGGCUGUUGGAGCCGAUCAAGGAGCAGUUCCCCAUCCUCAGCUAUGCUGACUUCUACCAGCUGGCUGGAGUUGUGGCUGUGGAGGUGACUGGAGGCCCUGAGAUCCCUUUCCACCCAGGAAGAGAGGACACACCCACACCACCUGAGGAGGGACGUCUGCCUGAUGCCACCAAAGGUUCUGACCAUCUUAGGGAUGUGUUUGGUCACAUGGGUCUGAGUGAUCAGGACAUUGUUGCACUCUCUGGUGGUCACACACUGGGAAGGUGCCACAAGGAGCGUUCUGGCUUUGAGGGACCCUGGACCUCAAACCCACUCAUCUUCGAUAACACCUACUUCAAGGAGCUUCUGAGCGGGGAAAAGGAAGGUCUUCUACAACUUCCAUCUGACAAGGCUCUUCUGAGUGAUCCUGUAUUCCGCCCCCUUGUUGAAAAAUAUGCUGCUGAUGAGGAUGCAUUCUUCACAGACUAUGCUGAAGCUCACUUGAAGCUCUCUGAAUUGGGGUUUGCUGAAGCUUGAAGGACCAGUGGGAUUGACCUGUGGGGAACUUUUUUGGAUUUUAUUUUUGGGGCUAAAACCAAGAAUCAAGGGAAAAUGUCUCUGUAAUAAGAACUUCAAUGUUAUUUUCCGUUUAAUUAGAUUUCCCUUGUUCUUCUCGA